UUUUAAACACAUCAGGCGAUACUUUGAAGUGCGGUGCUGGGAUCCAAAACGCAUGGUUUUAACUUUUAGCAUCGCAGUACGUUUCAUGAGUUUGGUAUGUAUAUAUUUUAGGAGUGAUAAUUGAAUGGUUAUUAUUACAUUUUAGUCUUCAAAUUUGUAUUAAAUACACACAUGCACGUUUCAAAUUCAGUUACAGUAUGUUGAUGGUAGUCCCUGUUAUGUGAAUAUCAGUAAAUUAAACCAGUGAUAGAUUUUGUUGCCCGACCGUCUCAGGUUUUGCCUUGGUAAAGUCUUUUUUGUGUGUUUUCUAUCAGUGUGUAGUUUUUAAAACGCAUUAAUUGAGGUUUUGGUAGUUUCAAAUGUGUCACUGUAACAACAAAGGAAGUCUUGGUUCCACACGCAGGUUCAUAACCCCUCAGCUCCAAACUGGUGCCACUGGAAGAACACCCUGUCUCUUUUUACUCUAGAUCUAACCCCAGACAAUGCAAAAUUGAAGAAGAACGGCAGUUCGGUUAGGACUAUGUGGUACUAGCCUCACCAAAGUGUCCAUAAGCAGUGAUCGAAUGCAUGACAAAUGCAACUUUAAAAAUCCGCGGAUACCAAAAUGUUAUCCCUCUUCAGUUCUGGGGAGCUAAACAGAUGCAAUUUCCAGCCUGACGUCCACUUUGUCGGCUCAUAACUCAGUAACCAUUUACCCUGUGGCACUGACGUUGUAUAUAGUCUUAGUUGUUAGGCAAUGGAGAAACUACAGGUGAUAAUUACAGUGGUUCUGGAGGUCUCGCAAGCAAACUACAAAUACACAUUUGUAUUGGCACCACUGCACUCUUUUUUCUGCAUUUGGCCCUAUCACCAAUAUGUUGACACAUUACUGAACUAGAAGAGCAGCUAUGGGUGUGCAGCGAUUAUCAAGAAGAGAUCUUUAAUACAUUGAAACGUGGCUCUUUGCUGCUCGUUUCAAUUUUAAAAAUAACGAGAGCUACUGUAAAAUUUAGCGAUUCUCACUAAAACGCUUCCAUGCGUUAUCAAAAUAAUCUGAGACGGUAAGGUGGUGAAACACAUUUGGUGCGGAUUGCAUAAUAUCCCAGUAGAUAGAUAAGAUUUUAUUUUGUUUUGAAGAGGUUAUAAAUGAGAUAAAACAUACAAAUUAUAUGUUUGGCAUCGUACGUUCAGUAGAAAUCAUUAGGGUCAGCCGUGGAAGGAAGUGUAUUGGAAAAAAUGAGAUCACAUAUUAUAAAUAGCUCAACUGUGACUAAAAUGUGUGUGUAUGUAUGUAUGUAUUUAUUUUUUAGGUGAAGCCAUAACUAGAAUGGCCUCUGGUUAAAUUCAGGAGAUAAAAAAAAAAAAACAUGCACUUCACAUUCAGGAGACAUGAGGAUACCAAAAUUAGCCAGUGCUUUUCUACUUGUGCUAUGUCUCAUUGUUUAUUUGACAUAUGUCAAGAAGCACACUGACAUUUUGACGACUCCUGACUCUAAAGACCUAAUUCAGUCUAGAAAUGGAAAGGAUGAGCUGUGCCAUUCAGAGGCCGGAGACCUUAAUAAAAGUAAUUCCCUGUAUGGGAUCAUGUUUGAUGCUGGAAGCACAGGAACAAGGAUACAUGUCUUCAAGUUCAACAAAACACCAAAUGAAGCUCCUAAAUUGGCACAUGAAACAUUUAAAGCUAUAAAACCAGGACUGUCACCUUAUGCUGACGAUCCUGAAAAGUGCACUGCUGGGAUCCAAGAGCUUCUGAAUGUUGCUAAAGAGAAUGUUCCUUGUGACCUUUGGAAAAGCACUCCCCUGGUGCUGAAGGCGACAGCUGGGCUGCGUCUGUUACCUGGAGAAAAGGCUAAGCAUCUGCUGGAUAAGGUGAAAGAUAUAUUCCAGGCAUCACCCUUUCUCUCCAGAGAAGACUGUGUCAGUAUAAUGGAUGGCUCAGAUGAAGGAAUUUCAGCAUGGAUCACAGUCAACUUUUUAAUAGGCAGCCUGCAUGGUGUGGAGCAAAACACUGUAGGAAUGCUGGAUUUGGGAGGGGGCUCAACACAGAUUACUUUCUCUCCACAAGAUGAGAAAACAAUCCAGACCUCACCAAUAGACUACAUCACAUCAUUUCAAAUGUUCAGUAGCACCUUCUCACUCUAUUCACACAGCUACCUGGGACUUGGUUUAAUGUCAGCAAGACUUGCAAUUUUUGGGGGGCUAGAGGGGAUGCCCUUGGAGCAAGGAAAAACACUGGUGAGCCCAUGCUUAGCACCAGACUAUGAAGAACAGUGGGAGCACGCUGAAGUAGUUUAUACAAUCAAAGGGCAGAAGGCAGGAGAGCCCAUCUAUGAGUCCUGCUAUAGUAAAGUGGAGAAAAUGCUCUACAGAAAAGUUAAAAAGGCAGAAGAGGUGAAAGACAUGGAUUUUUACGCAUUUUCAUAUUACUACGACAGGGCUGUGGAUAUUGGUAUAAUUGAUGAAAAGACAGGUGGUAAUGUAAAAGUUGAAGAUUUCGAAGCAGCAGCCAGAAAAGUGUGCAAAAGUAUGGAAAUUGAUCAAGGGGAGAACCCAUUCCUUUGUCUUGAUCUAACAUAUAUAACGGCCUUGCUACAAGAACUGGGUUUUCCAAAGGACAAAGUCUUUAAGCUUGCAAGGAAGAUCAACAACGUAGAAACCAGUUGGGCACUGGGAGCCACUUUUCAUUACAUUGAAUCCCUUCACAAACACAGACAAAGGACUUGUUUUCACAACAAUAAAGAGGCCUCUUGUUAACAGACAUUUUUACAUUCAAGAAACAAUUGUGAAAAGAUGCAGGAUGAAACUGCAGUCAUUUUGUUAAUAUUUUGGUUCCUUUUGUUUUUGUAGCAGUUUAUAGUAUACUACUUUUCACAUCUACGUUAUAGUACAGCAAAUUGCUUUAUUAUUAUGGAUGUACUUCCUUAUACCAUGGUACUAAAUGUAAUCGACCUCUCUUUGUUUAAGAAGAGUGUUAGUUUUAUGUUUUUGAUAGUGUGUUGUCUCUAGUUGUAUAACAAUAAUUAUUUUAGCUCUGAGUUGGGACAAGGUUAUCACCAGGUUUCAGCCAUAGUUAUUUCUACCAAUUAUAUGAAGGAUAUUCUGCCUAAACAUAUAUAAUGUAUUCAAUUUAAACGUGUAUAAUUCUAUACUUAAGUAUAAUAAAUACAAGACCUUGAUCCAUUUGUUCUAAUGGCUAAAAGCAAGUGCAGAUGUGUUGCAAAAGCAAAUGUAGAGAAGAAAUAUAAUAUGUUCCAUACAUUAUGGAAUUGCAAUACUUGUAUCUUGUAUUAGCAGGCUCAAGGAUAUGGGAUAAUUUUAUUGUGUUGAUAAAUUAUAGAUAAUCAUAAUUAUUGUCCGUGACCCAAUGAAGCGACUCUAAACUGUCUGCGUCAGGCAUAAAACAUGAUCUAUGUGAGCGCUGCGUACAUUGUGAAGUACUGAUUUUAAACAAUAUGCUUAACUUUAUGCCAUGGUUUCAUUUUGAUAAUUUGUACACUGGCAAAUUAUGACUGGUUUUCUAACAUAAAAACAUUGUUUGUAAAAUAAAAAAACCGCUAGCUCACUGUAAAUUUACUGUAGAAAAGUGGAACUUGACUACAGUCAGUACUCGGAUAUCCGUUAUCCAGAUACGUCAGUCAUGUUUUACCGACUUAAUAAGAUCAAUCCCCAUUAUUUUAUAUU